GCUGCCUGAGGCGCAUGGGUCGCUGAUUUCUGAGGGUUGCCGAAUUUAAUGGAGGAUCGAAGACGGAAGCCAAUGAAGAAGAAGGCCCUGUGAUUUUAUGAUCUGCGACAGUGGUGGACUGACAAUUGGAGCAGAGCUCUGCUCUUUGUUAUUGUAGGUGUGGGUGAAGGCCCUGUUCUUGCACCAACUCAGGAAGACUUGUUGAGUUGACUCGAUGCGGUCCAUUUGCUAGCUGUGACAACAUGCCACUGGCACUCUCCUCAGAGGACACCAUCAAUGGGAAGAGACAAGCAAGUGGAGGCCUUUGGCUCUGUCCGGAAAUGGAUCGCAAACCUCCCAGAAAUUCCUUUAGCCUGCAGGAAAAACGAAACCAAAACUAUCGAGAAGAGGAAUUGUACAAUACUCUGACAGAUUCAACAUCCACACAUCCACAGUGCUGAGCAGGGCAUAAUUGCAGUUUGGGGGCUACUUCCUCAUACAAAUACAAAUGGAGAAGCUCAACCUGGUGAACAGUGUGCUAUUUACUGGUAGAUGGGCUAAAACUGGUUUAUACUAUGAGACUGUGCAGGAGAUUUUCAAGACGGUUCACCACAAUGCUUACCACGAAGAUCCUUAUGCAAAGGAGUUUGGCAUCAAAAUCAGUGAGAAACUUGCUUCGGUUGAAGCACGCAUUUUACCUGCACCUUGGCUUAAAUACCAUGACACUGGUAGAGAAAAGGAUUGCUUGCCCCAAGUUGGUCAAUGGAAUAUGAUGAACAAGGUAUACUCCCUCAUAAGUUGA